GUUUAUGAACAUAGCUUACCAAUAAGUUACAGCCGUGCAGUCUGAAUAAAUCACUGACAUAUCAUGAAGCAGAGCAGCAGGAUGCUUCACCAGACAGACGGGCUGUCCCUUCAGUCUCCCAUCAGACCCCUCGGUGUUUUGGUUUUCCAUCUCCUCCUAACACACUCGUGUAGAGGUCAGUCUCAGCUGAUUGGCUCAUCUCAGCCAAUAGUAGCAACCCUUGGCCAUGACAUCAUUGUGCCAUGUCAUCUGGAGCCUGCGGACGAUGUGUCUGGUCUGACGUUGGAGUGGGCCAGACCGGACCUGAACCCCAGAUUCGUCCAUGUGUGGCGUUCUGGAAUAGAACUCGUGCUGUUUCCUCAGCGGUCAUAACGUUAUCAGGGAUGGACAGAGACAGAGGAGGAGUGCUGCUAGACUGUGAGUCUAGAGGC